AUGCGUGAAAUAGUCCAUCUGCAGAUUGGCCAAUGUGGUAAUCAAAUUGGAUCCCGGUUCUGGGAGACUGUCUCAGACGAGCACGGUCUCGAUAAGUCGGGCCACUACAUUGGCGCUAGUGAUCAACAUACUAGUGAUCUACAGUUGGACCGAAUUUCCGUGUACUUCAACGAGGUUGGAGCCGCGAAAUAUGUUCCACGGGCUGUUUUAGUCGACCUUGAGCCUGGCACAAUGGGUGUGAUCCGGAGUGGCUCUCUUGGCCAGCUAUUUCGCCCUGAUAAUUAUGUUUUCGGACAAAACGGAGCUGCCAACAACUGGGCCAAGGGCUACUACACAGAAGGCGCAGAAUUAGUCGAUUCAGUUCUCGAUGUUGUCCGCCGCGAAGCCGAAGGCGCUGAUUCUUUGCAAGGUUUUCAAGUGACACAUUCGCUCGGGGGAGGCACUGGUGCUGGUCUAGGAACACUGAUGCUAAGCAAGAUUCGAGAAGAGUACCCUGACCGCAUGAUGUGCACCUUCUCUGUUGUUCCGUCUCCCAAGGUGUCGGAUACCGUGGUUGAGCCCUACAAUGCCACACUUUCGGUACACCAACUUGUUGAAAACUCAGACGAGACUUUCUGCAUCGACAACGAGGCCCUGUAUGACAUCUGCUUCCGUACUCUCAAGUUGGCAAGCCCCAGUCAUGAUGAUCUUAAUGCCCUGGUUUCAAACGUUAUGUCUGGAGUAACCACCUGCCUACGCUUUCCUGGUCAACUCAACUCUGAUCUCCGCAAAUUGGCCGUAAAUCUUGUUCCGUUCCCUCGUCUUCACUUUUUUAUGACGGGGGUUGCCCCUUUGACGGCCACUGGUAGUGCCCAAUUCCGUGCUGUCAGUGUGCACGAACUCGCAGCUCAAAUGUUCGAUGCGAAAAACAUGAUGACUGCAGCCGAUCCCCGCCAAGGACGAUUCCUUACUGCACGUCUUUCAUCGGUCGCCGCACUUUUCCGUGGCAAAGUUUCCAUGAAGGACGUCGACGAUGAGAUGCAGAAGGUUCAGCGCAACAACUCGACAUUCUUCAUUGAAUGGAUUCCCAACAACGUUCUCUCAGCCCAUUGUGACAUCGCACCCCGCGGUAGAAAAAUGUCUGUUACUUUCAUCGCUAACUCCACUGCAAUUCAACAACUCUUCCAACGAGUUAAUGAGCAGUUCAAAGCAAUGUUCAAACGUAAGGCAUUCUUACAUUGGUACACCGGAGAAGGCAUGGAUGAAAUGGAGUUCACUGAGGCCGAAUCGAACAUGCAAGACCUGGUCGCUGAGUAUCAGCAAUAUCAAGAUGCUACCGUUGAUGGCGACGAAGUCGAGAAUGAUGGCGAGGAGUCUGCUGCGUAG